GUGUCGUGAUAUUAGUUGGUUUGGCUUCAAGCCAUUUGUGAGUCUUUAAAUCUUCCCCUGAAAAUGGAAAACACAGAGGGGUCCCUCCCAGGAGCUCCUGGCUGUUGCUGAUGGCAGAAACGGAACCUGCCCGUGGUUCACUGGUAUCCUCUGUGUCAGCUCAGCCUGUGUUGUCCUGACCAUGGAUGGUGUGUCAGCUGAACAGGCUGGCCUCCUGGAGGACAGGUCCAGUAGUGGCACCUCAGCUCGCCUGGAGGCCCUCCGGAAGCCUCCGGGCUCGCUGGCACCACCUGACCAUCCGGACAAAGCCCAGCGUGCCAGUGUCGAGGAAAACAAAGCUUCCAAUGAAGGAGAAAGCCCUGGCGGACCUGGCCAGGGGGGCCUCUGUCAGAACGGGCCAACACCGCAGUUCCCAGACUCGCCAUUGUCUUUGGAUCCCACCACAAGUGCAGUGGGUCCUGAUGCCCCUCCAGGUGUGGCUGGUUUCCAUGACAACCUAAGGAAGUCUCAGGGAACUAGUGCUGAGGGCAGUGUUAGAAAAGAAGCUUUGCAGUCUCUCAGACUCAGUCUUCCUAUGCAAGAAACGCAACUGUGCUCCACUGAGUCUUCACUGCCCCUGGAGAAGGAGGAGCAAGUCCGACUUCAGGCUAGGAAGCGGUUGGAAGAGCAGCUCAAACAGUACAGAGUGAAGCGCCAGCAGGAGCGGUCCAGUCAACCUGCAACAAAAACGAGACUUUUCAGCACACUUGAUCCUGAGCUCAUGUUAAACCCAGAAAACUUACCAAGGGCCAGCACCAUGGCUAUGACAAAAGAAUAUUCCUUUCUGCGCACCAGUGUCCCUCGGGGGCCCAAGGUAGGCAGCUUAGGGCUCCUUGCACAUCCUAAGGAGAAGAAAAGUUCCAAAUCCAGCAAAAUUCGGUCUCUGGCAGAUUAUAGAACUGAAGAUUCAGAUGCUGGGAAUUCUGGCGGAAAUGUUCUGGCCACCGACUCUGCCAGGGGUUCCCUGAAGCACAGUAGAAGCAGCAUGGCAUCGGUUGUGUCUGAGGUCAGCCUGUCCCCUGAGACAGAGGACCGUCUGGAGAGUGCCUCCCUGACUGGGGACAGCGUGUCUGAGGCCGAUGGGAACGAAAGUGACAGCUCAUCAUACAGCAGUGUUUCUGCCCGUGGAACCUACGGCAUUCUGGUGACCACGGUGGGCACACGGGACACUUCUUAUAUGGUCAAUGGCCAGGAGAUUGCCUCAGAUGCCCUGGGCCAGUUCCCCUCAAUUAAGGACGUCCUCCAGGCCGCAGCAGCCGAGCACCUAGACCAGGGGCAGGAAGUCAACGGGGAGGUGCGGAGCCGGAGAGACAGUCUCUGUAGCAGUGUGUCCCUGGAAAGCUCUAUUGCUGAAACUCAGGAUGAAAUGCUGCAGGUUCUUAAAGAAAAGACGAGACUGGAAGGACAGCUGGAAGCUUUGUCAUUAGAGGCUAGUCAGGCACUUAAAGAAAAGGCUGAGCUGCAGGCCCAGCUGGCCGCCCUGAGCACAAGGCUGCAGGCGCAGAUGGAGCACAGCCACAGCAGCCAGCAGAGACAGGACUCCCUCAGUUCAGAGGUGGACACCCUGAAGCAGUCCUGCUGGGAUCUGGAGCGGGCCAUGACUGACCUGCAGAACAUGCUGGAAGCCAAAAAUGCCAGCCUGGCAUCCUCAAACAAUGACCUGCAGGUGGCAGAGGAGCAGUACCAGAGGCUCAUGGCCAAAGUGGAGGACAUGCAGAAGAACAUCCUCAGUAGGGACAACACAGUGCAUGACCUCCGGCAGCAGAUGGCAGCCCUGCAGAGCCAGCUGCAACAGGUGCAGUUGGAGCGCACGGCGCUGACCGGCAAGCUGAAGGCGUCCCAGGCCGAAAUCUCAUCACUGCAGAGCGUCCGGCAGUGGUACCAGCAGCAGCUCGCUCUGGCACAGGAGGCCCGGGUCCGGCUGCAGGGUGAGAUGGCUCACAUCCAGGUUGGACAGAUGACCCAGGCGGGCCUCUUGGAGCACCUAAAGCUUGAGAAUGUGUCCCUGUCCCACCAGCUGACAGAGACACAGCACAGGUCUAUCAAGGAGAAGGAGCGUAUAGCCAUGCAGCUGCAGAGCAUUGAGGCUGACAUGCUGGAUCAGGAAGCAGCCUUUGUGCAGAUUCAGGAGGCGAAGACGAUGGUGGAGGAGGACCUCCAGAGGAGGCUGGAAGCAUUUGAGGAUGAGCGGGAGCAGCUGCAGAAGAUGGCAGACUCAGCCGCAGCCCUGGAGCAGCAGCUUGAGCAGGUAAAGUUGACUUUGCACCAGCGAGACCAGCAGCUCGAGGCUUUGCAGCAGGAGCACCUGGACCUGAUGAAGCAGCUCACUGUGGCACAUGAGACUGUGCAGACCAGGGAGCAGUCUCUUGAGGACCUGCAGACGCACUACGAUGAGCUGCAGGCCAGGCUGGAGGAGCUGCAGGGAGAGGCCACCUCCAGGGAGGAUGCCAUCCGCUUCCUGCAGAAUGAGAAGAUCGUCUUGGAGGUGGCUCUGCAGGCAGCCAAGAGCAGCAAGGAGGAAUUCGACAAAGGAGCAGAGCGUUUAGAAGCAGGCACCGAGGAAUCAUCAGGAAUUUUAGAGGAAUUAAGACAGGAAGUGGCCAUUAAGUCCAGCCAGGUGGAUCACCUGCAGCAGGAGACUGCCACUCUGAAAAAGCAAACACAGAAAAUAAAGGAGCAGUUUCUUCAGCAAAAGGUAAUGGUGGAGGCCUACCGGCGGGAUGCCACCUCCAAAGACCAGCUCAUCAGUGAGCUGAAAGCCACAAAGAAGAGGCUGGAUGCAGAGGUGAAGGAGCUGAGGCAGGAGUUAAUGAAACUGCAGGGGGAGAAACAGGCUGUGCAGCUGGAGCACUCGUGCCUGCAGAAGGAGGUGUCCCAAGUCCAUCAGCAGAUGGCAGAGCUCGAAGGGCAUCUCCAGUCGGCGCAGAAGGAGCGAGAUGAGAUGGAGGCGCACCUGCAGUCUUUGCAGUUCGAUAAAGAGCAGAUGGUCGCUCUUACAGAGGCCAACGAGGUGCUAAAGAAACAGAUAGAGGAGCUGCAGCAGGAGGCCAAGAAGGCCAUCACAGAGCAGAAGCAGAAGAUGAAGCGGCUGGGCUCGGACCUGACCAGCGCCCAGAAAGAAAUGAAGACCAAGCACAAGGCCUAUGAGAACGCUGUGGGGAUCCUCAGCCGCCGCCUGCAGGAGGCGCUCGCUGCUAAGGAGGCUGUGGACACGGAGCUGAGCCAGCUCAGAGCCCAGGGCAGCAGCAGCAGCGGCAGUGACCUCGCUCUACAUGAAAGGAUCCAGGCCCUGGAGGUGGAGCUGCAGACCCUCAGCCACAGCAAGAUGCUGCUGGAGAAGGAGCUGCAGGAGGUCAUUGCACUGACCAGCCAGGAGCUGGAGGAGUCCCGGGAAAAGGUGCUGGAGCUGGAGGAUGAGCUUCAAGAAUCCAGAGGCUUUAGAAGGAAGAUAAAGCGCCUCGAGGAGUCCAAUAAGAAGUUGGCUCUCGAAUUAGAGCAUGAGAGAGGGAAGCUUACGGGCCUUGGACAGUCCAACGCGGCCUUGCGGGAACACAACAGCAUCUUAGAGACAGCUUUGGCCAAGAGGGAGGCAGACCUAGUCCAGCUGAAUCUCCAGGUGCAGGCGGUUUUGCAGCGCAAAGAGGAGGAGGAUCGCCAGAUGAAGCAGCUCGUUGAGGCCUUACAAGCCUCACUAGAGAAAGAAAAAGUGAAAGUAAACAGCCUCAAGGAACAGGUGGCUGCUGCCAGAGUGGAAGCUGGGCAUAACCGCCGCCACUUCAAGGCGGCCACCUUGGAGCUGAGCGAGGUGAAGAAGGAGCUGCAGGCCAAGGAGCACCUGGUGCAGAAGCUGCAGGCAGAGGCUGACAGCCUCCAGAUUCGGGAGGGGAAACAUUCCCAGGAAAUAGCACAGUUCCAGGCAGAGCUGGCUGAGGCCCGGACCCAGCUCCAGCUCCUGCAGAAGCAGCUGGAUGAACAACUGAAUAAACAACCCUUAGGAAACCAAGAGAUGGAAAACCUCAAAUGGGAUGUGGAUCAGAAAGAGCGAGAAAUCCAGUCUUUGAAGCAGCAGCUGGACUUGACUGAACAGCAGGGCAAAAAAGAAUUGGAAGGAAUACAGCAGUUGUUGCAGAAUAUCAAGUCUGAGCUGGAGCUGGUACAGGAAGAUCUGUCUAUGACCCAGAAGGAUAAAUUUAUGCUUCAAGCUAAAGUGUCAGAACUGAAGAACAACAUGAAGACGCUCCUUCAGCAAAACCAGCAGCUCAAGCUGGACCUGCGCCGCAACACGGCAAAGACGAGAAAGGAGCUGAAAGGUGAGGCCAGUUCUUCCAGCCCCGCGACGCCCAUCAGGAUCCCCGACUGCCCAGUCCCAGCCUCACUGCUGGAGGAGCUGCUGCGCCCCCCGCCCGCUGUGAGCAAGGAGCCCCUCAAGAACCUGAACAGCUGUCUCCAACAACUCAAGCAGGAGAUGGACAGCCUGCAGCGCCAGAUGGAGGAGCACACCAUCACUGUGCACGAGUCCCUGUCCUCGUGGACCCAGGUGGAAGGCCAUUUCACAGAGCCGGCCACUGCCAGUCCUGCCCCCUUGGGAGACCACUCCAACCCCAGGGGUGACAUGAAGAACCACAGUCAAAGCAGGGCCUCCAGAGAAGGACUGGAAUAGUGACCAUCACAGGCCUCCCCUGAGGGUGUAGCUGUGUAAAGGAAUAUUCUUUAUCAAUGUUAUUUAUUUGAUUGUGUGCUCUAUGUUUUUCUAAGAGAUGAAAUUUAAGUUUUGCUUUUGCCUUUAACAAGGAGUAAAAUAACGAAAUGAGAGCCAAGGAUUAGAGAGUCACUUGAAGAUCACAGUUAGCUUUUCCCACGAAAUGACCAAAUCUUGAAAACCUAAUUUAGGUGUCUGUGAGGAACUUUCAGUGUAUCUGAGGGUUACAUGCAGAAGGAGGUAUCAGGGGUAAAUGCUGCUGUCUGAGGGUGAUGCCAGCUGCUGGUUACUGACAGAAAUUUGUCCGACGAGGCUCGUGAGCUCCACACAGCAACAGGACGGGCUGGGGCCCAGCCCCUUACUUUCCUGUUCUGUUCAGUAAGAGCUUUACUUUCCUGCGGAAACGAAAUUUUAUCUGCACCUUUGGUUUUUUGUUUUUAUUCUUUCCCAUGACCAUCCUACCAUAGAAUAUAUAUAAAAAUACUGAAAUUCAUAAUCUAAUCUUUAAAAAGUAUAUGCUUAUUUAAAAAUGACUUGUCUUUUUAUUGAUUGCCUUUUGAAAAUUUGCUGUUGGGAAAUAAUGCACAUGUAGGUUUUAGGGGAUGUCAGUCAGAAAAUUAUAUUUUAAGAAAUAUUUUAUUUUCUCUACCUUCUAAAACCAAAUAUUCUUACACAGAAAGGGUUCUUUAUUGUUUUAGUUUUACUUUAUUUCUGAGGUUCUUUCUUUCCUGCACAGUUUCUCCAUAAGUUCAUGAUGCUGACUUGUCACACCACUGGCCCUGUGUGGUCCCACUGGGCAGGAGCAGGUCAGAACCUUGGUGAGGUCUGGCAGCGAGCAGGAACUACAAAGAUGGUGAGGUCCCCACUUACUGACCUGACAUUUGGAGAGCCCAGAGAGAGGCCAAAGUAGGAGAGAGGAAAGUGGAGGAGGAGGAGAGUGGGCUGGGGCUUCCUGCAGAGCCUCCUGCAUUUUCCACUUGAGCCCAACCCAUUUAUAGAUUGCAGGGUGGGUAACAAUCCUUUCUCCAGGACCCACACUUCUGUGCCCCAAGUGAAAAUGUUCACUGUGGCCCGUAGGAACGCCUCUGUUAGUGUAGUCAUCAAGAGAAGUCCUGGGUCCUUGGUGGUUGCACUGGUGUCAUCUGGAAAGCAGAGGUGAUUUCCUGAAAAGACAGGCUAGUGCCAUGAGGAAGGUGGCUGUGGUCUCCUGGGGUGUUUCAGGAAGAGAUUCCUUAUUUGAAAUUGGCACUAAGUAUUUGAGAUUUUACAUUUCCCACCUGAGAAACUGAAACACUGCAGACACUGACUGGGUGAGUUGAGGUCUGUAAACUUCCUUCCUAGUUUGAUAAGAAAAUCUAAAAUAUUUAUUGUUACGAGCUAGAAGAGAGAGAGAGAAUAGAUCCACAUGGUCUCCUGUGCAGAUCAGCUAGUUUGAAGAUGAAGUUCUGAGUGUUAUGGUCAGUCCAGAAACUCCUGUUGAUGUAUUAUUGUGUCUAUUUUGUAGAGAAAACAGUAUGGUAUUUUUAAGCUGUGUUCUCUUGUAAUAUACUGUUAAAAGGUUAAUUGAUAGCGUUAAGGUAGCAUUAACUGCAAAGAUGUUUGGUGUUUAAAAAAUAUUCCCUAGCAAGUAUCAGAACUUCUAAAAUACGUAUAUCUUUUGUACAGGGUUAAUCUUGAAAUAAUACUUGAAAACAUCAUUAUAAAUAUAUCCUACUUUUUAUCUUAAGUUGGAAAUCAUUUUUGUCUAAAUUGUUCUUGUACCAUUAGAAAAGAAAAAUGGUAAUUUACAUUCUUAUUUAUUUUGGCUGUAUUAUCACUUGUUUUAAUUUUUAAACAUGUCGUUUGAUGUUUUUAAACCAUGAAACAACACAUGGGCUCAUUCUGUGGUGGAGCUUCUUCCUCCUUGUUAUGGAAGGUCCUCAAGCAAUUGAUGUUCACAGUGUCUUGUUUUCUCUUAGGUAAGGAUAAACUCAUUCUGAAUAUGUUUGUCAAGUGAAAGCAGAUCUGUUCCCCUUGUUUAGUUGUCCUGCUUGUGUGUGCAUGCACAUGUGCAUGCGUUUUCUUCUCUUGGUUUUCUGUCAUCGUCCUGUGCCAGUUCCAUCACCCGUGCCCUCUUUUGGUGCAGCACAGGCCCUGGCCUGUCUUUGUUCCUGCCCAUUGCGUGUUUCGUGUCUACUCCUGUUUUCACAUAUGACCUGCAUUUCGGAAUCUGGGGCCUCUUGUGUCCAGUUGACACUGCCUUUAGGCUUCCAUAAGUCCCCUGAAAGAGGAUGUUGCAUUUUUUAAUUGCCUGUUUUUGAUUGUUGUGGCUUUGGUGUGUUUUUUUUCCCUAUUUCCAAGGGACUCUACUGGCACUUCUACCUCCAGUGAAUAAAGUUCGAAUUGUUCUUGUGGGCAGAAGUAGGAAUUAUGGAAUUUACUCAUGGAAAACAACAGUCAAAUCUGGAGUGUUAUUUUUAUAAAAUAGUGGGGGCACUGCAUUGUAUUUGUGCAUAUUAUUUAUCCACACACUGUAUGUCACGUCCUAUUGCAGGGAAUGUUGGCUUGGGCACUUCAUGAUAUCAUUACCUGUGUUCCAAAAAAAUUUAUUGCCAUGUGGAUUUCAUUGACUUUUCCAUGGUACAUGUCAGAUAGAUGCCACGGAUCUUAUAAAUUUACAUACCUUUCUUCUAUUCUUUGGAAGAUGUAUCAGGCAAUGUUCUUGACAGUAUACGAAACUGCCUCUACUCAGGCCUGGAUCCAGGGAAUGGGACUGGCCCUCUAAGAAGAUAGCCCAUGGUGUGCAGCAGUAGGAAGGUUGUGUUAAACUCUCUGUUUGAAAACGUACUUUUCUUGGUAUAGGGAUCCUACAAAAGCCAUGGGUCUGAAAAGUCACCAUGACAUAUAGUCCUACUUCUAUGAAUGUUUUCAACAAAAAUUAAAUGUUAUGUGUAAAGGUUCUAGGGGUGAAAGAGAAAUGUCCUGGAGUCUUCCUUUCAAGGACCCCUCAUGACGUGAAUAACGCUGUGAUGUGAGACGUCCUGAGCCUUAUUCUAACAAGCUUAUUCUUCCAAGCUCCAGGCAAAUCUAAUGAUUUUGUAGUCUCAGGUUAUAAUAGGAUCCUGGAGAGUAAUGUUUUAGAGGGUCUAGAAAAUUCAGUGGUUUUGAGUUGUUUGUUUCUAUUAAAAACUUCCUCACAAAGGAGAGUCCUCAGGUUGGGGCUGUUCAGGGGAAAGGUGUCACCAUGUACAGCAAAUUGUAUCUUUAAAAAGCAUGUUGAUUUUUUAUAAAUUUAAGUGUGCUUGGGAGUUCCUUAAAUUUUGUGCAAUAAACUAUUUUUUGGUAAAGA